AAAAUUAAUUAUAUAUUGUGACAGCGAUCUUACAUUUUGACUCGUUUGAGCAAAAUUUAUCGAUACCUCUCCCGCCCACUUAUACAUGAUCACGCAAAACAGCUGACACAAAACAGCUGACUGAUUCUUAUUAUGUGCGCGGGUUAAUGUUCGCGUUUUCAGGAAUUGUCGAGGAAAAGGAACGAGUGAUUUCCUGAGAUAAAUUCGUACAAUAAAAUCGUGUGAUAAUAUUUUAUGCUAAUUCGAUACACAUCUCAAAGUAACCUGCUGCCGUAAUUUCUCAAUUUUGACUACGCGAAAAUGUCCUUCAAAAAAGAUCUGAGAUUACUUGCAAAACCGUAUUACUUGAUAAAUAUUUUUCUCAGUAUCUCGUAUAUCCUGUCCAAGCGCAUUCCUGUAAUCUGUAAUUAUAUAUUUGCUCAAAAUGACUGCGAGCUCGAUGGGAGGGAGACGGAAAUUCUCUUCUUUCUUAUGAUCGUCAUCAUGAUAAGGACAAGGAAGACUGGCAGUGUGACCAUGAUAAAUUACUUGACAUCUAGUUUUGUGUAUACAAAAAUAGCAAACUUGAUCCUAUGGUUCUAUGCAGAUGUGCGGAUGGGCAUUGUAUUCGCAUUUAUUUUCAUACUGUGCGGAUUGGUGCUGCCAGAACCAACAUAUCAAGGGCCUGAAAAUGUAAUCUAUUUACGUGGAGCCAAUGGAUUACAAGAGGAAUUACGUGACACUAGAGUGGUCUGGCUGGUAGCAUUUUACACAGCAUGGAAUCCAGCCUGUGUAACUUUUGCCCCGAUAUUUUCUGAGCUCUCUGCAGAAUAUGCAUUGGAGAAUUUCAAAUUUGGUAAAGUUGAUGUUGGAAGAUAUCCAGAUGCAGCAGCAAAGUAUCAUGUCAGUGAUGCCAGUACAAGUAAACAAUUGCCAACAUUAAUACUCUUUAAAGAUGGCAAGGAAGUAGAACGACGUCCGUACGCGGAUCACAAGGGAAAACUUGUCAAAUUUCUUUUCUCGCUGGACAAUGUAAAGGCUGCAUUUGAUCUCAAUAAUAUUUACAAUGAUUGCAAGAAGAAUCCUAUCAAGAGAAAAGAGAAGAAGUCGCUAAAGGCAGAAUAAUGAAAUGAAACUUAGGCAUUUAAUGAAAAAAACGUCCUUCGCAAUUUACAUCUAAGCGAAUUUCAGUUAGACGGCUUCUACUGUGUAGAAAAUCCACCUAGCGCGUUAUCUCAUCCGAGUUCUGAAGAGUCCUUAAACAUAUAAGGAUUUGUAAAUAUAUUUCGUUGCUUAUUAUAAUCGAUAAUUUCAUUUAUAUUCAGAUAAUCAUGCAUAUAAUGCAUCAUCGCUGAUUGUUACAGCAGUAUUACAUAUUAUCUAAUGUAAAUGUGCCAUAUGUGAACAUACAAAAGAACUUGUCAUUACAAUUAGCAAUGUUACGUCGCUUCCUUUUAUAAUUUUCACUUCUUGUCAAAUCAUAUUUGAAUAAGUCUGAAUUGGGAUACGAAAGUUAGCAAAGCUUUUUAUUUUUCAGAUUUGAAUUAUUAAUCUUAAUUCGUUUUAUAUCUAAAUUAAAAUAUGAAAUAAUAGUUGAUUUCAUAUUUUAUCUCUGUUAUAUACUCACCUAAUAAACUUUGAUGAGAUUU